UUUUACAUCGGCAUUAACAUUCCCAUUACAUCGGCACAAUUUAAGUCUCGAAAGUCUAAUACAUUAAAUUAGCCAAAUACGUAGACACGCACAGAUAUGAAUCCUAGUUGAAAUCCCAUAACUAGACUUUUAUAAUUGCGUAAUAUUAUGAUUGAAAAAUUAUAUCGUAAGAUCGGUUUAAUCCAAUUUCGCUAAAACAUGACGGAACCGGAAAAUCAAACCGAAGAUGAGGCGGUUACCAGCGAUUUUUUGGAGUCUGGUACGGAAGAUGUGACGACCGACGAUCAAAUACCUUAUAAGAGUACUGAUGAUGAAAUACUUUAUGAGAAUACUGAUGAUGAAAUACUUUAUGAGAAUACUGAUGAUGAAAUAUCUUAUAAGAAUCCUGAUGAUGAAACGAAUGAAGAUACUGAGAAGAACAGAUCUUGGAUGGACAAGCGGUCUGCUAGCAGAAUGAAAUCAUCAAAGUCGAAUCCGGGGGAAAAAAGUGAACGGAAGGCAAUGUCCGACAUCAUGAGACCAUCUAACACGAAAACUAUCAAGUCCAAUCCGCUCAACAGCUUCGAGCACGAGUAUAAAACUAGGACGACUGUUGGAUUAGGUCGAUCCGGGACGACGCGAAUCUGGAGAAGCUUGAGGGCGAGGCAGCCGACGAGGAUACAGCGAAGGGUGUCGAGAAACGGAAGCGAAAGAUUAUGGCCGAGUGUACCGCCGCUCUUUGCACGAGAUACAGUUAUCGGACUGGAGAAUGAAUGGGAAGAGGAAAGACGAAGGAAGCGAAGGGACAUUUUUCUCUACGACUCAACGGACAAUGACAAGGACAAAUUUCUUCGAAAUCAGCAGAUGAGCGACUUUGCUAAUCGCAAGGAACUAGGCCACAUACGUGUGCCGGUGUUGUAUUCGGAAUCGAGGUUGAAAUUAUCGGUGGAUUGCGCGGUUGGCGACCAAUGUCCUGGUUUGGUGGACGGUGAUUACAUGACUGUGGAGUUGCCGUCCAAGCGUGUCUAUGCUUACGUGGUUCUUCACGGACUGAAGGGUAUGCAUUUACUGGAAAUUAGUUCGAUGCGAGAGCGCAAGAACACUUGGAAGUUCUGCUUCUAUCAAGCGAUCGUGGCAUUGUUAGCGAAAACUCAGCUCAGAUACAAAUACGUGCGGAGCGCUUGUAUCGAUUACAUCUACGACCAUGCCUGGAUGCUCUUCACCCACAUCGGCUCGAUCAACGUGAAGGCAAAGCAACGUCUAGACGACGUCGUGGUGUACAAUUACAAAUACAGCGUCGAAGUAAAAUUGAUCGGGGAAUUGAAAGAUGUCGAGGCACGGUUCGUCACCACUUUGUAUAAAGAGCCUGGUGUGCAAUCGCAGAUUACGUUAAGUAGGAAGGAUCCCCUGCGAGUCGAGGUGAAACUCGGCUGUGAGAAGGUGACCGAUUCAGAUUACGUGCCCGUGCACAAGGACAACUCGCCGAAGGAGCUCGAACGGUGGCUCGACCAAACGAUCACGGACGUGUAUCGUGACUAUAUCUUGCGCACAACCAGAUUCUCAUUGGCCUUCUGGCAGGAUGGUUUGUUUUGGUACCUGUACAAUCCCUACCGGUGCGAUAAGUACGGCUUCUGGGAAGAGGACGGUUUCGCCUGCAUCGUGAAGUUCUGUUCCAAGGACUCGUUACGGAGACACCUGAUGAUCCUCAUGUUGAGAGCCCACGCCUUCGAGGAGGACGCAUCGCGAUACGAUUAUCGAUCCAACUAUGAAGGCGAGGGGAACGUUUACAUCGACGUUGAGCUCUUCCACGUGUCUUUCCGCUACUGCCAGCUGGACAAUCUAAAGUUACUGCAACGCGGGAUGUCCAAGCAGCCGCGACGCGCCGACGGAAAAAAUUCGUCGGAUACGCUUGAGAUCGAGGACGAAGAGGACGAGACCGGAGAUCUAGAGGAGGAUGAGGAGGGCGAUCCGAGGGAGCCAAGGGAGAGAGCUAUAUGGCUGAAGUGUUACGGGCCGACGACCUGGGGCAAAUGCGCGUCCGCGAACCGGAAGAGACCAGGCUCGACUGAGGUCACCGCCGCCGGUAAAGCGAGAUGGCAUCGAUACUACGUGGAAGAACCCAACAGGCUGUUCUCCCUGUGGGGCGGGAUACACAUAACUGACGAUAUGUUCGACGAGGCGAACCGCGGUAUGCAAACGUACGCCUGUUACGUAGUGUGCGCUGGCAUGACUAGGAUUAUGGCGCCGGAAUAUUGGACCCCGAAGACUCUCGACACGAUCGUCGUGUGCGGGGAUCGUUAUUAUACGCACAGCAAGCACGAGGCCGAGCUCAAGUCUGACGGCGACGAAAAUGUUAAUCACCCGUUCAAGUACCUCUGCGAUAGUUUCGAUAUCGGCGAGAUCGUAUUCGAGGCUCGGAUGCUGCCGGCCGUUAGCGGCAGAUUGUACGUUGAAUCGGACGAGGGUCUGUGGAGGACACUGGAGCGAGUAUUCUCGAGUUAUCACUUCGCUGCGCUGACGUGCGAGAGCGCCUGUCUUGGCCUCUUCAAGUUCUGCGGAGCUUACUACGUGUGCGAUGUGAAUUCGUCCGGCCCGCCGUUCUUCCGGUACGGCGACGGCGCCGCGUAUCUGCUGAGAGCCACAUCCUUCCGCAAAUUUAUGACGGUACUCGUGUUGAUUAUCGGCUCGUCGGAACGCAGCCGAUUCAGCCUGAAUCCCAUCGAGAUUCUCAGGAUUGUCGAAGUAGACACCGCACUCGAUUCUCGUAGAAAACCACGUGACAAAAAGUGCCAUUUUAGAAGAUUCAGAGGGAGAAUAACGGGAAAGUCGAGAUUCGAUGGGGAAAAGAAAAAAAAAAGAAUGAGUAAGUAGUAAAUCCGAACGUGAUGUAACCGCAUGUAACGAUCGAAGAUAAUAAUUGAG